GAAUAUGUAUAUAUUAAUUUAACAAAUAUAAUAUCUAUAAUUAUGUUUCUGAUUUUUGGAACUUCUAAGAAGUCAGACCUGUCUGAUUCUUCAUUACCUAAUACACAAUUUCAACAAAGAUCUCAUUCUCAUGAAAUAAGUGCAAUUGCUUCUGGUCCAGAUCUUUCGACUACAUUAAGUCAAUUAUCAGAAAAUCAUACAGCACCUUUAAGGAUUAUUGAUGUAAGUGAUGGAACUAAGCUGCUUGAUGCAUCAGUAACUGAAUUUGUUAAAACUCAUGAAAAUCCUUUACAAACAGCUGUAUUUGUUAUUGAUGGUGAAAAGGAUUCUAAGGAAAGUAUUAUAUGUACUACCAAUGAUAGAGAUGGAGGCAAGACAUGUUUAAAAUUUCAAGAUUAUUCAAUUGAAUUGUUUAAGACAAUGCAAAGAUUAGAAUAUUUCUGUUCAUUACCAGAUGAUAUUGAUGCUACAUAUUUUGAAUGUAGAAAGAUUAAAUAAUGUAAUAAAUAAUGUAUAUAGGGGUUAGUUACAAAAAUUUUCGUCAAGGA